AGGCCUGGCACACGCUGUGGCCCCGCAGCCCCCGCCGAGGCUGCUCCCGCUGCCGCAAGCCCGGGCCUGAACCCCGGCGCGGCUGCACUGCGGUGCCGGCAGCGCCGGCGAGCGGAGCCGGUUGAGUGACUUCGGGCUGUGGGAGGAAUAAUCGUCUGGGUUGCUUCAGCUUCAGCUGAGGCAGCCAAACCGGGCGAGGAUGGCACCGCAGAGCGCCUGGCGGCUCUGCCAGGUCCCUCCCGAGACUCCUUGUGUUUGAAGGGUUUUUUAUAGAACUGCUGUCAAAAUUGGAAGAGAGAGAGCUUAAUUAGAACCCAUCAGAAAAACGAGGCGGUGUGUAGGUGUGCGAGGGAUGUAUGCAGGGAGCGGCUGCUUCCCGCCCGAGCCGAGCGUAGACAGGUCCAGUCUGAUGGUUAUCGGGGACUCUGAUCUCCUGAGCUGGUACACUUUUUGCUGUCGUGUCCGUUGUGACCCACAGGCCGAGGAGCACUGCGGACACCGUGUGCGGCUGAGCGCCGUCCUGCCGCGGGGAGCCGCGGGUCCGCCCGCCCGGCCAGCGGCACCCGGGGCUCCGAGCGCCGGCCCCGGCACCCACUGACUCACAACUGACUCACUGCACGCUUGGAUGCGAACGCAAAGUAUACAUUUGCAAAUUGGCUGGUGAGGCACUGCUUUGCAAUGUAGGUGGGAUGUAUUACAUACUCCAGCAGCCCGGUUCUGCUCUUUUCCCUCCUCCCUCUCCUCCGUGCAGGAUCGCUGCCUGUGCCCAGGUUGCAGGACGCCGCUCAGCCCGCUCCGGUGGAUGUGGCAUCUGGAUGGCUCCAGCCCCACUCGUGACGGAGCUCUGCCCUGAAGAUGGAUGAUUUAGCUCUCCUUGACCUGUUGGAGUGUCCUGUGUGCUUUGAAAAGCUUGACGGCACAGCGAAGGUGCUGCCCUGCCAGCACACGUUCUGCAAGCCCUGUCUGCAGAGGAUCCUCAAGUCGCAGAAGGAGCUGAGGUGCCCCGAGUGCAGGACCCUGGUCCUCUGCAGCAUCGAGCACCUGCCCUCCAACCUGCUCCUCAUCCGCCUCCUGGAUGGCGUCCGGGGCGGACAGACGCUGCCCAGGUUCGGCUCGAUGCAGAGGCCGGGGGUCCCGGCCUCCCCCGCCUCCCUGCGCAGGGUCCCCCGGGCGCUGCAGCUGCACCAGCACCGCCUGGCGACCGCCCCCAGGACGCCCGUGGACGGGGUCCCGCGAGCCAAGGCGCUGUACACGUACCGCGGGCACAGCCCCGGGGAGCUGCGGUUCAACAAGGGGGACAUCAUCGUGCUGCUGCGCCAGCUGGACGAGAACUGGUACCUGGGGGAGGUCAACGGGCUCAGCGGUGUGUUCCCCGCCAGCUCCGUGCAGGUCAUCCAGCAGCUGCCGUCGGCGGGCAGAGCGCUCUGCAGCGCGGAGCUGAGGAGGGACAGGACCGACGCCAAGGACUGCCUGACCUUCCACAAGCCAAACACCACUGCCAGGCAGCUCCUGCACACCAGCAAAAGCCACUGGUCCCCCCAGUUCAAGGUGGCGUCCCUACGAGUGGCGACUCCCAAGGCGAAGGGCGCGGACCCGCCGGCGUUCCCCAAGGCGCCCGACUCCCGGCGGAAGAGCCUGCGGCCGUUCUCCAUCACCACCGCCCUCAACACCCUCAACCGCAUGGUCCACACGCCUGGCGAGCGCCCAGCGCUGGAGAUCAGCUCCCCUGUCCUCAUCAGCUCCAGCAACCCCAGCGUGGCCACCCAGGGCGGCGAGAAAGCCGAGUUUCCCUGCGGAGCCCCUCUCCAGGUCAGUGCAUCUUACUACGCUGUGCCAGGCUCCCUGGGGCACUCAGCAGCCAUCGUCACUCUUCCCCCCCUGCAGCACCACGUAUCAGCUUACAUGUGCGUGGCUCUCCAUCCCUACAUGGCGCACGGGCCGGAGGAGCUGGAGCUGCAGAAGGGAGAAGGGGUCCGUGUGUUCGGGAAGGAGCAAGACGGCUGGCUGCGCGGCAUGUCCCUGGUCACCGGCAGGGUGGGCGUCUUCCCCAGCAACUACGUCGCUCCUCUCUUCAGGAAGCCGAACCUCUCCGAGCCGAGGAUGCCUGGGCUGUACGCCUCCUGGACGCUCUCCACCGCCUCGCUCUCCUCCCAGGGCAGCGGCCCCGAGAGCGGCCCCAGGCAGAGCCGAGCGCUGGCGCCGCCGCUGCUGCCCGUCCCCGUCCCCAUCCCCAUCCCCCCGGGAGCAGCACCGGCCCCGCUGCGGCGCGGCCGCGGCAGCGCCAGGAAGACCGGGUCCCUGCAGAGGCCGGGGCCAGCGGGGACCCCCGUGCAUGCCACCGGCUCCCUCCGGCGUCCCCUCACAGCCGCCCUGCGACCGCAGCCGUUCCAGCUGUACCCGCACGCCAGCCCCACGUCGCACAGCGUCCCUCCCGAGGCAGCAAUGAGGCCGAACUUCUCCCACGACGCUUCCCCGGCGCCCACGGUCAGAGCAGGGGAGAGCAGAACCCCGUCCAUGUGCAGCUCUGUGACCCUGGAUGCCAAAGACCCUCCGGCAAAGAGCGAGGCAGCUCCAAAGCCACCAGCAUCGGCCCCACCGUCCAUCCUGGUGAAACCGGACACCUCCCGCAACAGCACCGAAAAGCAAGUGAAGACGGUGCGGUUCCAGACGCACAGCCCGCCGCCGCCCAAGCGGCACAGCCUGCAGCCGUCCCCCAGCCUGCCGCGCGGCUGGACCGAGCCAGGGGCCGCGGCCGAGGCCCCGCUGCCGGACACCGGCCCGCCGGGCCCCGAGCUGGCCGCGCUCUGCUCGCCCAGGGCCAGCGCCAGCCCCCUGCGCCCGCGGCGGGUGCUGCACCCCAAGGCGCUGUCGCUGGACCUGUCCAGGCCGCUGACCUUCCCCGCCAGGAAGAGCUACAGCAGCAUCUCUGCAAACUGAGGGGGGAGUCCUGCUCGCCCCCUUCGCGCCCCGCGCUGCAGGGGACGAGCAGCCACGGCAGCCCCGGCUGGGACAGGGGCUGUGACGCACACCAGGGCAGCGGCAGGGAAGGAAGCACUCACAGCGGAACCGGU